GCUCAGUGUUCAUUGUGCCACGUUUCAGGAUUAAUCGAACCUUCUUAGAUGAAUUGUUUUCUCUGAAUAAUUUUUUCGACAUUCAUUUGAUCUCCUUGGAGUAGAAACACAAUUUGUUAUUAAUUUGAUAUAUCAGAAAUGCGUCAAAAGUGGGUGCUUGUAUGUGGCGUUCUGAUUACAUUGGCAGUUCUUUGCGUGGCUCCGCCGGUCGUCAGAAAAGAUGCAAAGAAACCAGACACUCCAGCGGAGGGGAAAGGCGAUCCAGAAUAUGCCAGAUAUUUAAAACAAGUUAUUGAAAUUUUAGAAAAAGAUGAUGACUAUGUUAAAAGACUGCUCAACGCUUCUGAGGAUGAACUAAGAACUGGUCAGGUUGCAGAAGAUUUAGAUCUAGUGAAACAUGAUGUAAGGACCAAAUUAGAUGAGUUGAAGCGACAGGAAGUGGAGAGGCAGCGAAUGAUCAGACGACAAAUGAAUGAUCAUUUAAAUGGUCUGAAGGAAAGAGAGUAUUGGAAUCCUGUGUUCGAUGACGAAAACCCCAAUUUCUUUGGCCCUGAAGACUUUAAAAAGCUCUUAUUGAAGCACCAUGAAGAGAUGGAUAAACAAGAUCAGCAGCGCAGAGAUGAAUUUAAGAAGCAUGAAAUGGAGAAGGAACACAAAAGGAAGGAACAUUUAAAGGAGCUGGAUGAAAAGGCACGCAAAGCAGAAGAAGAAAGAUAUGAGGCAUUGAGGCAGAAACAUCUUAAUGCAUCCAAGAAUCUCCAUCACCCAGGAAGUAAAGCUCAACUGGAGCAAGUUUGGGAGGAAACUGAUGGUCUUGAUGCAAAGGACUUUGAACCAAGAACAUUUUUCAAGCUUCAUGAUACAAAUGGUGAUAACUACCUGGACACGGGAGAGUUGGAGGCUCUUUUUGUUAAAGAGGUUGACAAACUCUUUGAUGAGAAGGAUGAAGACUAUGAUCCUCAAGAACGAGAUGAAGAGAUUUCAAGAAUGAGGGAACAUGUCAUGAGUGAGAUUGAUAAGGAUAAAGAUGGUUUUGUUUCAAUUGAUGAGUUCCUGACAGCAAGUAAAGGGGAUGAAUUUGACAAAGAUGAAGGGUGGAAAAGUGUUGAAGAGGAACACCCAUAUACCGAUGAGGAAUUAGCAGAGUUUGAGAAACAACUGCAGGAGGAGGAGAAAGCAAGGAUGGCUACUCAUGAUCAAGGAGCUGCAGAAGGCAACACAGCUGGUGACCUAGCUAAGCAAAUAGCAGGAGCAGCAGUAGAAGGACACACAGAAGAUCAACAACAACAACAACAACAACAUGAGGAGUCACAGCAACAACAACAACAACAACAUACAUCCUAAGGAACAGUGGAACUGUUUACAGGGAAAAAAAUAAAACAGCUUCAUGGCUUGAAAGAUGAAUACUGUCCUUGACUAUUUAAACAUGUUGCCCAUGUUUUUUUAAAUUACAGAAAGAAUACUGAGAGUUAUUGUACCAAAUGAACAUUGUUUCUGUGAGCAAUACAUAUACUUGUUUUAUUAAUAUGUUCAAACGUUGCAUAGAUCAGUCUGACAACCUUUUCACAGACUUGAAAUUUUCAUCAACUCCCACUUAAUAUCAAAAUCAAAUGGAAACCUUUCAUUUCACUGAAACAACACUUGUACUACAUUGUUAUCUGUGAGUGGCUAGAAUGGUAAAACAACACACUUUGUGUCCUAUUGGAUCACAGUACUAUAGUCCCUUUUUAUUAAUUUUGUGUUACAGGGGAAGGGGGGAUGUUGGUACAGCUAAGGUAGUCUUAAACCCAUGGCUCUUGGCAAGAGCAUCACAGAGGGAUGGUGACUUUCCCUUUGCCUUUUACAUUUUGGUAACCAAUGAUCAUUCCUCUUCUAAAACUACCUACUGUAGCAUGCUAUUCUUUAUUUUUCAAAGCAUGGCAUAAACAUGAACCUCAGGGGCUGCUACAGUUCCAGAGAGUUCAUCUUUUUAAACCAAGAUAAUUUAAAACGAGAUCUCAUCAAUCUACAAACCUUGUCUACUACAUUGCAUUUUUCUCUACAUUACGGUGCUAGCCAAUGAAACUUAGUGCAACAGGAAAAGCUAGUUGAAGAUUAUUUUUCCUUCAUUACUAUGUACUAAGACAAUAAAAACAUUUGAAUAUUUGUACCUAUCCGAGAUGAGAAAAAUUAGAGAUUUAAUAAUAGAAAUAUAUCUUCAUUUGAGCAAUUCUCACAUGUACUAGUCAGCUUUCUACCCCGAAAUGCCAUUCUUAGACACUGAAAUGUAGCAGUUUUAGAUUUAGCUUGUAAUCAAAUUGUAUCUAAUAUAUACUCUGUCUGGUAUGUAUGUCCUCUCCAGAUUCACUUGUAAUCCAACAACUAGCCUGUAGGUUUACAUGUGCAUAGAUAUAGAACCUUUGUGCAGUUUGUAGGAUUCCUUACCAUCUAAAUGUGAAUAAAUUUAAAUAAAAUUCUAGUAUUUUGAUUUAAA